GUAGUAUCUCAUCAUACAAACAGCUUAUUAUUAUGACCGGUGUCACUCAAUCCCAAGUUGAUCGGUUAAUUAGCGAACUGGGACCUCAUGUAGAUACAGAAGAACACCGUGUAGGACUUGGCUUGAAGGUGUAUGGAUGGUUUUUGAAAGCUAAACCUGAAUAUAUUCCCAAAUUCUCAAGACUUCAAGGUCUCGAUGAAAGCAACUUUGCGCAAUCAGAAGGAAUUAAAUAUUACGCAAGGACCCUGAUUGACGCACUUGUGCCAAUAUUGCAAGCAGCAGCUAAUAAGAAUGAAUUGGACAAGCUGUGUUUGAAUGAAGCUGUCCUACACCGAACUCGUCAGGUAUCGGAAGAAACCUUCAAGAAUUCGCUGCCGAUAUUUUUAGACAUUUUUGACUACUAUUUGGAAGAUCCGGAGAACAAGGAAACAAUGAGGAAAAUUUUGAAAUACGUAUUUCCGGCAAUCGGUACUCAGAUAUAGACAAGCGAUAGUCAAACUUUUUAUAAAAUGAAUGCGAUCCAUCGGAACUGACAAUGAAUGAAUUUGUACAGGAUGGUCUUAAAAUUACUCAGUUGCUGAUUACCUUAAACUGCUCAGUAUGGAACAAUAAAAACACUACCCAGUAAUUUUUUUAAAGAUAAUUAUGGAACUUUAUUUGGUUUCUUUUUGCUGCUUCAUAAUUGUGCGAUAAUUCGAGAGGUAGAAACUUGUUUGUUAUGUGGAGAAAACAUCAAUCUGAAAUAGUUGCAAUAAUAAUAAUAGAA